CAAAUCAUUACUCUUAUGGCCAGUUUAAGUUUUUUCUCUAAUAUUUGUUGCCCUCGUUUCAUCAGCACUUUAACCUCUUUGGUUUCCUUUUGUGCAUGCACAUGUUCUCUUGGCUCUAUUUCCAGGUACCCAAUUCGACCUUUUGAUUUUUCUGUUAAAGGAGUAACGUCAAUAUCUGUGGAUGUGCACAAAUAUGGUUUGGCUCCCAAAGGAACAAGUAUUGUCCUGUACAGGAAUCAUGAACUUAGAAAGCACCAAUUUGUUGCUGUAACUGAAUGGACUGGUGGGCUGUAUGUUUCUCCAUCCAUUGCUGGAAGCAGACCUGGGGGAUUGAUAGCAGGGGCUUGGGCAGCUAUGGUGUCUCUAGGACAAGAAGGAUAUUUGGAGAAUACAAGAGAGAUCAUGGAAGCAUCAAAGAGAAUACAGAAAGGAAUAAAGGAGAUUCCCGACCUUUUUAUUGUUGGAAGGCCAGAUAUGACAAUUGUAGCAUUUGGGUCAAAGUGCGUAGACAUAUUUGAGGUCAAUGACAUGAUGUCUUCUAGAGGAUGGCAUUUGAAUGCAUUGCAGAAGCCUAACAGCAUUCACAUCUGUGUGACCCUUCAACAUGUACCUGUUGUGGAUGACUUCCUCAGAGAUUUGCGAGAAUCUGUGCAAACUGUAAAAGCAAAUCCUGGUCCAAUUAAGGGAGGACUUGCUCCAAUCUAUGGUGCUGCAGGGAAGAUGCCUGAUAGAGGUACGGUUGAGGACUUACUGUUGAACUUCAUGGACAGCUCUUGCUAGCAGCACCAACAUCAUUUAUAGCGACAUUUGGUUUUCCAAUUCAUCAGUUGGAACUGUAUCAGAACCUGUCAAUUGAUUAUUUUUUUCUCAGUUCCACACAAUUAUUGAUUUUUUAGAAAUCGAUUCAACAAUGGAAAGAUUAUUCAUUCCUCUUA